ACUCCGCAUCUUGUCAACUUUGCUGCUCUAGCCUCACGACUCAACUCUACCCUACCCACCCACUGGGAGCUGCCGCUUUCAUCCCAAAAGCGUGCAUUCUACCGUCACGAAUUUGCGGGACAAAAUCUCCCAUCCUUCUGUUUCGUUUCUUCUACUCAACUUGGCUGUUCGACGUAUUUUCUGUUGUUGCACCAGCCCGCCUGUGGCGGACGUUGACGCCGCGCGGUGACGGUGACGAUGAACACGACGCUCUCACCUUCCCCUCCCAGGGGAGCAGCAGCCGCACCUCCAGCGCCCUCUACAGCUGCGCCUACAUCCACACCCACAUCCCACCUCACGCCAGCGACCAUGGCCAUGCCGCCGUCGGCCCGUCCCAAGAAUUCCUCGUCAUCCAUCGCCUCAUCCGUCACAUCCUCGCACAUGCCCUCCGGCUCCAGCAACCCAAAAUCCCGUGGCUCCACGCCCUCGGCCAGCCGAACCUCCCUCAAAGCAGGCCUCGCAGAGUCUGACCGUCCCACGCGCGCUGGUAGCAAGGAUAGUUUGAAGCAGAAGAUGCCCAAGAAGCCCGAUGAUGCUCUCAAGCAACAGCAGCAGCAGCAGCCGAGCAAGUCGGAAGAGCAACUCAAGGUGCUGAAAUCCGACUUUGACAGUCUGCGCUCACACCUCACGUGCAAGAUAUGCGACCGUCUGCUAUACCAGCCUUACACAAUAGCAUGCGGCCACACAUAUUGCUACAGCUGCCUAUGUACCUGGUUUGUCAACAACAAGGCCCGCAAAACAUGCCCCGACUGUCGUACCGCCGUAAGCCAAGCGCCAGCUCCGGCCUACAUUAUCCGCGACAUGACCACCAUGUUCAUCGCUCGAGCAGAGCUGUUGCCCACUGGCGAGACCAUUGAGCAGCACACCAAAUGGUCGAAAGAGGAGGCCGAUGUCGUGCAGCAAGAUAAGGACAACACCGACCACCGCCACGGCGGUCUGUUCAAAGGCUGCUUCAGACCUCAGGUGGCCCGGCCCCCGCCGCUUCACGCAAUCCGGGACCAGGAUGAUGGUGUGGAUCGCUGCCCCGUCUGUUCUUGGGAGCUUGAGGAUGGCGAAUGCAUCCAGUGUGGCCUUCUGUUUGACGAUAAUGGCGAGUUGACCUGGACCGAUAGUUUCACUGGCUUCAGUGAUAUGGACGAAUUAUCGGAACGGGACAUGUCCGGAGAAGACUUGGACGCGGAAAUGGAAAUGGACGACGCUGACUUUGACGGCUACGAUGGUUAUGGGCCGGAGGGUUGGGGCGAUUAUUAUCCCGACGAAGUCAACUUCACCAUGGAGCGAUUUUUGGGGCAGGGAUUCCCCCCUCAAGCAGCAUUUGCACGCCGUCGACCGCUGAGCCACAGCGAAGCUGGUAGUCGCCGAUUGUAUUCGCCGAGUAUCAUUUCUGACAUGUACACGGAUGACAUGGACACCGUACAGGAGGAAGACGAGGAAGCCAUCGAUGAGGAUUCUUCCAUGAAUGACUUCAUAGACGACGAAGAUGGGAGAGAGUCAGUCAGUUCUCCGGGUGGCUCAUCCGCUGCUAGCCAAACUCCACAGCCUUCUUCUGCGAGGGCCGGAUUCCAGGCAAGAAACAGGCGUGUGGUCGAAUCAGAGUCGUCUUCUACUAUUUCUAGCGUCGCCGAGGAGGACGAAGACGAAGAGGAUCAAGGUCCUAUUCGGCGAGGCCAAAGAAAUCGGGCACAAACCCGCAUAUUGAACCGCGCAAACGGUUCACAAGAGCCCAACGGCCCUCCGUCGUCGACAUCGACUGAUGUCUCGAUAGAUGAAUUGGAUGAGGAUACGCAGGCACUAUUGCAAGCAGAGGGUUGGAUGCUCCAACACAAUGGGAUGGAUGACCAGGGGGAGGAUGACGAAGAAGAUGAUGGCAGUAGUGAUGGGGGGCGAACGACAGUCGGGUGGGAUGCGACCGCGAUUUCCAAUGACAGAGUACGAAUGGGCGGUUCUCUAACACCUACUGCAGAUCGACCCCGGCUUAAUCCCACGAUACGUCCGCCCUCGCGUGUAGGGAAUCCUUUGCGACAACGACCUUCCCUUUUACCGUCUCCGACGAUGAAUUAUGAAGAUGGAGAAGCUGAUGAUGACGACUCCGACCUUGACGGCGACAUCACUAGAGCAGCCAUACGUAAUCUCCGUAGUCGCCGCUCCGGCGUGCAGAUGCGCAACGCCGCGGCGUUUCGAGCCUCCGAUUAUCGUCCAACCCCCCGUGAUCUACCUCAGGGUGCUUCAGCUGGCACAGAUGCAGAUGAUCAUUCAGACACUUCGGAUUCGGGAGAUCUCCGUAGACCUCACCAGGAAUACAAUCCUCGCAUUAGCAGGCUGUUUGCUGACCAUCAGCGUGCUCUCAUGGAGCUUCAAGGAGGAGGGCCCCUUCUGGAUCUCGAGCCUCGCUCUAUUACUCCCAUCAUCACUCGCCCACGCACAGCCAACCGCAAUCGGCCCAGCCCAGCACAAGCCUAUUCACCCUUCAUGGCUCCUACUCGUCUACGCACACCAAACAUGAACAAUUCAUCAAACGCACCCAUCAACUUUCGUUCCCCUGCUUCCCCUCCCAGGCGAAAUGCACCACCGACCAGCUUGUUGGAGACUAUUGCAGAUGCCAACGCCAACCCCAACGCCCAGCGCCCAUCUACAGCUUCAUCGACGAGCAGUGGCUCAGGGAUUCCAACCCCCAGCACAUCAUCGGCAUCUGAACGAUCAAGCACCGUGAGUCCAAUGGAGGUGGGAGAUCGCCCGCCAAGCCGAGUGAGCGCACGACCAACUUCAGCUGCGGGGCGACGCAAUUCAGCGGGAUUCUCGCCUGUGUAUGCCAAUUUCCCCCACACCAAUGUUGGAUUGAACAUUCAAGGUCGAAUUUUUCCACAACAAGUCAUGGGAAACCCUUGGGGUGCGUUCGUGCAGCCGAGGGGUGUCAGGGCUCGGAACUCGCGCCAGGUGCUACGGGAACAAUCUUCAACUGCCACGCUCCGUGCUCCUGUCUCUCGAGUGAAUCUGCGGGACGCGUUGACAUCACCGCAAGGCGUCAGACCUCAGUCUUCACGAAGUGAGCUACGAGCACAACCCUCUCGUCGACGGCUAAACUCGCAAAGUUCAACACGUACGUUGAGAGCAAGCGAGCAAGCUCGGCCACCACAGUCGCCCACCUCAGCGACACCCCCCACGAAUUCUUCCGCACCACGUCCUAGCAGACUCACGCAGGAAGAAACAACGGCUCGAGCACGGGAGCUGGUCAACAAUAGACGACAAGCUCUGGGACAAUCCAAUGCGGCACCCUCGCGCAACAAUCCCUUUAUCCAGGGUUUCAGGCGAUCCGGUGCUGCACCAGGAUCGCCGGUGGAGGCAGCAACUGUAGCGGGUCCGCAGCAUGCAAGAAGCAGCUCGAACGAGUCGAAUCAAUCGGGCUCGUCGCAUGUAACGGCGGUUCCAUCGCCCGGGCUGUCACGGCGGCGAAGCAAUCGGCAGAUGGCGGCGGCUUCACCUGGAGUAGUAGGUCAGCCUCUAGGGGCUUAUCAAGCUCCUCCGUCAGCGUACAGCAACAGUUACUUCCGAGGUAGACAGAACUCGAUGGGGUCAGCGGGCUUCGAUGUACCACUGGAUGCGAAUGCGCGCGGUAUGAACCCCAUGAUGGUCACAUCUCUUAUCUGA